AUGGAAUUGCCAGGAUUUUACUGGGACGCAGAGCGUCGCAGAUACUUCCCGUUGCACUCUCUGCACCGGCCUUCCUCCGCCAUUAACCCGCAGCCACAGCAGCAGCAGCAGCAGCAGGUGCAGCAGCAACAGCAGCGGCUAUGGCAGCGCCAGCACCGGCAGCACCGCCGAAAGUGGCAGGAACGCUCGGAGCAGCAGCUGAAGCACAUGCAGCAGCAGCAGCAGAAUGCAGAGUCUGUCUUCCAGUCCACUGGAGGGCAGUUAAACCAGCAGCAGGGUCGGAAGCGCCAGCAGUUUGUGCAGCAACGGCAGCAGCGGGAGCAGCAGCAAAGGGAGCAGGGGCAGCGAGGGCCCAAGCAGCUGCGCUGCUGUCAGGAAGACAGUAGCCAGCGGCUCCGGUGCAUCGUUAAGAGCGGCUUCAGCGUGAACAGCAGCAGCAGCAGCAGCAGCAGCAGCAGCAGAAGUACUAGCAGUAACAGCGAAUACAGAAGUCGCGAAACUGGCAGGCCUAGCAGCAGCACCAGAGCCAAGAGGAGUUCCUCUUCAGGGAGCAAAAGUGCUGCAGCUGCUGCUGCUUCAAUGGCUUCAGCGGCUAGAGAGGCGGAGGUGCUUCCUCCACGCAACCUUUUGUACGCUAUUCGCCGGAUGCGUCUCGGCAGCAGCAGCAGCAGCAGCAUCUCUUGGACGCAGUGGACUGCAGCAAACACGAGAGCGAGGGCCUUUGCCACUGCGCUGAAGCAGCUGCACCUGCCGCUGCCUCUUGGCUUUUCACCCUAUGUUUGUCUUGCUGCUGCCAGCUCGUACUCCCCUGAGCAGCAGCAGCGGAAGGCUUCUUGCAACUGGCAGCUGCUGCUCUCUCUAGGUGGGGAAGGGGGAGGUCGUUUGCUGCAGUUCGGCGCGACAGCAAUUUUGGCGGCAAGUGCUGCAGCAGAAGCAGCAGCAGCAGCAGAAGGCGCCGUCUUGGGCUCGCCCUCCCGCUGGGUUGCUGCAUCUGCAUCUGAGCAGCCACUGCAGCAGCAACAAGAGCUACAGCCGUACUUCCCAGGCAAUAAUAGUUACUCAGCCCCUGUGCGGCAGCAAGGAGCAGCAGCAGACGAAGGCUUUGGUGAGGCUCCUGUUCCUCACGCUGCUGCUGCUGCUGCGUGUGUUGCUGCUGCUGCCCCUGGCCGUCUGGUGGACAUUGCAGUGGUGGGGCCUCUUGCCGUUUGCUGUCUUCGCAGCAGCGGCCGAAGCCCUGGCGCUCUUGUAGUGCAGGAGUCGAGCAGCAGCAGCAGCAGCAGACUGCUGUGGGCUGACUGGAAUGCUGCAGCAGACGCCUGGGCGUGCGCCUCAAGCUUGUCUGCAGUGCCACCAGAAGCAGCAGCAGCAGCGCCAGCAAGAGAGCCUUGGUUUGUUCUGGCCGGCAGGCAGCCAGCAGCACAGCUGCUGCGGCCACGCGAGGGGCAAACGAGGCUGCAGAAGGUGUGGAUCACAACUAAAAAGGCGGAACGGCUGCUGCCGCGCUGCUGUGCUGCUGCUGCAUGGUGGUCAGAAGCAGCAGCAAACGACCCGUUUGCUGCCGUUGAUGGUGCAGGGGUGGCUCUGGUUGGCGGCCACGGCAAGGGCCUUGUAGCAAUCGACCCUCGCUGUGCGCUUCCUGUAGAACUUCAGAAGCAGCAGAGUAGCAGCAGCAGCAUCAGUUCUAUUGUUCCUCUCCAGACCCAUACAGCUGGUGUAGUUACUCGCAGCGGUGUCGAGGGUCUUGCAUUGCUGGACUUGAGACGGUUUGGAGGACCGAGGACUCAAGAAGCUUCAUGCAGCCGCCUUGCCGCCUGUACCGUUCGCGAGUUCCUGCCUGUCCGCAGUAGGACUUCGAACACCUUCUUCUGCAAUAGCGACAGCAAAUGGCGUUUUUCUGUGGACAGCAAAGAGGAGUUAAUUGUUGCCCCCUUCCCAUUUAGCAGCGGCAGCAGUUACUGCAGCAACUGCAGCAACGGCCGGGGAAACGGCAGCUUUUUCAUAUUUGACAUUCAGCGUGGAGACUGUUGCAAAGAGAUUGCUGCAGCUCCUUGUGCAUCAACUGACGAUCUACCACCAUUCGAGCUGUUCGGCUGCUGCUGCUUGCUUCCUCGGGCUGCCGCAGGUUUCCGCGACGCUUCGUACGUUCAUCAGGAAGUGCUUGUACAUCCAAUGCACGAGUCAGAUCAGGAGCCUUUCGCUCACAUCCCCUCACAGAGCCUACAGAGCUGCAUUUGUGGUCGCAAGCGCUAUGAAAAUCCUCCUGUGGAAGCAUCAGGGCAGCGUCACCAGCCCUUCAGGUGCGUGGAUACCUGGGAGUGCUUUUGUUGUGACUCAACGGAGAGUGCCAAUGUGGAACAAAAUAGGCAGAUAUCUAGUGCAUGCUGUGCACUACUGCGACUGGGAGGCUGGCCUUCUCAUGCUGCCCUGACGGCUCCCAGGGCUGCCACAGCAGCAGCAGCGGCGGCAGCAGCCGCAGCAGCAGCCGCAAGCGAGGUGGGCGGAUCAGUAUUCGUUGGAGCGAGUACGUGGGGCCUGCAUGUUAUGGUAGCAGCACCACCGGAUGCUGUAUACUAG